AAUGAAGCGUGGCAAGGGAAGAUGCUUGUUUGACUAGACAUAGAUCGAUGAGAGAGAGUCACCAAUUCAACCGAUGAGGGGUCUUUUAUGCAAUAUGAAUAAACUAUUGUUCAGGCAUGAAAGACGCAAUAUCAAAUCCAUUUUGAAUACUACUAUAUUUCAAUACAACUCAUCACUCCAAAGACUUUUCCAUGGGAUUCAUUGCUGGCAAUCACGUCUCAUUGACCAAAUCACCACCUGCAACAAAAUUUUCCAAAUUAUUAUACGCACCACAUGACCAACACGAUAAGGAAGAAAGAUGGAACGUCUUAAUUAUGCGUUUGAUGAGGUCAAAUUAGGUAUGAUUGUAUAUAAUAUUCGUAUUCAAAACAUUAAUAUGUUCCUCAACCCACCAUAACCAAUUCAAGACAAACUGGAUUUCCAAUCAUGGAGGGACUCAUUCCGAUGGUGUAUAAGAGCAUCAAAAGAAGCAUGACUGUAAAGGGACGCUAUCAAAGCUACAACAUCAAAGAAUUCUACCCAGAUGGAUACAAUUAUCACUACCCACAACAAGAAAAUAAAGACAAGCCUCAAGUCGCCCCUACAAGAAGCAAGUCGACCCAUGGGAAUCUUGACGAUAACAAGAAACUUAUUCGAUUCAGAAGCCAUAGACUCCUCUCUUGCGUCACUGGUGGUGUCUAAAACACAAAAGUUAUAUACUUUGGUUAUCGUUUGUUAAUCUUGUUGUGUUCGUGUGUACAUACAUACUUUGUUUUGUUGUAUAUGCAACAAACAUUAAUUGUAUAAAUAUAUGUAUAAGCUGUAAAAGAGCGUGAUUGUGUGAUACUUGCUGAUAUUUACUAUGUUUGAAAUGAUGAGUUUUUGGAAUAUAUUAUGAGAUUGGUUCAAGGAGGAACAAGGAGCGACAUAAACAAUAUUACUUACAGUUUUAAAUAUCACAAAAAGCCAAUCCUAGCAUCACUCGCCGAAGUAAUGUGUGUUGAUAUAUAACAAGGUGACAUUAAUUAGUGAGAUACCCAGAUUAUGGAUCGAAUAAUCCCAUUAUGCAGCAUCCUGAUCAUGAUGAAUCUGGUGGUGGUGAGCAUGGGUGGUGGGAUUGAUUAUGCGCCUCCAACACACAAAUUAGAGAGCAAGAAUUUAUGCGACCAGUGUUCAACAUGCGAUCAUAAGACCAAAACAUGUCCAGCAAGUGAAGCCUACCCUCACAUGACUGCUUUUGAUGACACCCUUAUUGCUGGAGCACUGCAGUCUGACUAUGUUAAUGCAAGUGAUAGAGGUGUUUACUCGGUACCCAAUGUUGUGGGUGGCCAGUCUUUGGAGUACAACGCCUAUUUCGGAUGGGAAUCCACCUCCGGAUCUGCUUCGGGUUAUCAUAGGUUCAGUAACUAUAUGGAUAAAUGUUCAGGGGGUCAAAACUUCUUGACAGUUGACAAGCAUGGUGAAGUGAAGCUCCGGUCUUUGACAUCUUUGGAAAGCUUGGCUUUUGCAGAUUGGAAAUCGAUUAAUCCACCCAAGCAUUUGAACCACAGGCAGUUUAGAUUUUGGGUAUCUCGGGCUACUGGAAAAUGUCUCACAGUGUUUGGAGAGUGUCCAGAAGAAGAAAUUGUGAUAGUGAAUACGGUGGAAGAAAAAGAUUUAUAUGAGUUUGGAAGACUGACUGACAAAACUUUGUCAGACGGUGAAGAGUCAAAUGAAGGAUGGUCAGAAGACGAGUUCACAAACUGGAGAAAAGCUUCAGACAUAUUUUACGGUAUGCCUCCCAUACCAGAUUGUCCUGAUCCUAUUGUUGAACCUGGACCAUUUCAUAGUUAG